CUCGAUUCUGCAUCGGUACAUCUCGUACAUCUCGCCGCUGCUGCGCUCACAUCCUGCAAAACGCUAGCCUUCCUCAAACGGACCUCGCUCUAGGACUUCUGCUGGAGCUUCCUGAUCUCAGGCAACUCCAAUCCUCCUCGACCUCUUUCCAGAUCUCUUUACAUGUCCUUCCGAGGAGGCAGCAGUAGGGGCGGCCCCGGAGGCGGCCGAGGUGCUCCCAGGGGCGGCAGCUCCUUCGGUGGAGGAGGUAGAGGUGCUCCAAGAGGCGGCAGGGGAGGUUUCAGUUCAGGGGGCAGGGGCGGUGGCAGGGGAGGAUACGGUGCUCCUUCAGGCCCGCCCGAGCGGGUGCAGGAGAUGGGAAGCUUCAUCCAUGCCGUAGAGGGAGAAAUGCUCUGCUCGUCCACAGACGCAAAACACGUGCCGUACUUCAAUGCGCCAAUCUACCUCCACAAUAAGUCGCAAAUCGGCAAGGUCGAUGAGAUCCUCGGCCCGAUCAACGAGGUGCACUUCACCGUUAAGAUGGACUCGGGCCUCGUUGCCAGCAGCUUCAAGGCCGAUGACAAGGUGUACAUUGCUGGAGACAAGCUGCUUCCCAUUGAGAGGUUCUUGCCAAAGCCAAAGGUGGUGCAGAAGGGACCCAAGAAGAAGGCUGGAGCUGGUGGAAGAGGUGGUGCUCGAGGAGGCUUCGGAGGCGGACGUGGUGGAGCUAGGGGUGGUUUCGGUGCUCGUGGAGGCGGAAGGGGCGGUGGGCGUGGAGCUCCCAGAGGAGGUGGUGGAUUCUCGUCAAGAGGUGGUGGAUUUGGCGGCUCGCGCGGAGCACCGAGGGGUCGAGGAGCACCCCGUGGUCGGGGAGGCUACUAAAUAUCGAGCAGCUUUGCCGAUGCUUUUCCCUUUUCUCCCUGCUUGCCUCUCGAGGUGCUCAACCCAACCAGCUCUGCCUAUCCAUUCCGUCCAUUGUACUCUAGCCUCCUUUUCUCCAUUCCUCAGCAGCAACUGGCAAUCGAUCACAGACUUUUCGGAAGAUGUUAUUGCAACAAGCGCGUUGCAUCAAUCUGCCUUCUUUGUCUUCGCGCUCCGACGACCUCAGCCAUCCUUCUUUGUCCUCCCCUUCUUCCCGG